GGGGAUGGGCCAGUGUUUAGAUCUCCAUGCGGAUGUGACAUUUCAGAGAAGAGCGCGACCGCCAUUUUGAGAUUUACCUCAGACCCAACACAUCACAAGCCACGGGAGGAGCGGGGUUUACAGGCGGACACAGAGGCGACACAGGGGGAUGCACAGAGGCGUCAGCGGCCCCGAUUGUGUGCUCAUUUGGUUCGCAUCUCCACACACCAACACCAGUGCUAAUUCCGGAGUGGAAACUGGUUUGAAUGGAUAGCUUUUUCCUCCGCUCUUCCCCAGACGAGGGACACACGGAGGAGCACACGGACUGGGGCUACCGCAGACACUGUUGUUGAUGAACCAGUGUUUUCAUUGUUGCAUAUUGAGCACCAGAGACUGUGUUUGCUUGUGCAUUGCGUUGUCUUGCAGCCCCAAGUUGCACGGGGUAAAAAAACAAGUAAGGGAGGGUGCAUCGUGCAACUAAUAACACCUCCACCGGCGCCGAGAUUGGGCGAAUAGCGAGCAAAUACGUCCGCGUUUCUCUGCCCGCUCCCCACAAGGCCGAGGUCGAGACCCGGCCGCAGUCCUCCACCACCACCCCCUGCACCCCGGACUCCAUCCACCGAGCCCGGUUCCCCUCCGCCGCCGAGCCGACCCCAGACAAGGUCGAGGCCGCCAGAGACAGCAGGGAGAGCCGCAUCACGACCACAACAACAACAGCCACCGCCGCCAUGAACCACCACCACCACCACACGCAGCAGCAGAAAGCCGGCGAGCAGCAGCUCAGCGAGCCGGAGGACAUGGAGAUGGAGGCUGGUGACACAGACGACCCUCCAAGAAUCCCGGCCAACCCAGUGAUCAAUGGUAACGUGGCCAUGGCGGAUGGACACAACAACACAGAGGAGGACAUGGAGGAUGAUACCAGUUGGCGGUCAGAGGCGACUUUCCGCUUCGUAGUAGAGCGCUUCAGUCGCCUGAGUGAGUCUGUGCUCAGCCCGUCCUGCUUUGUCCGGAACCUUCCAUGGAAGAUAAUGGUGAUGCCGCGCUUCUACCCCGACCGGCCACACCAGAAGAGCGUGGGCUUCUUCCUGCAGUGUAACGCAGAGUCAGACUCCACGUCAUGGUCGUGCCACGCACAGGCCAUGCUGAAGAUCAUCAACUACAAAGACGACGAGAAGUCCUUCAGCCGCAGGAUCAGUCACCUGUUCUUCCACAAAGAGAAUGAUUGGGGCUUCUCCAACUUCAUGUCCUGGAGUGAUGUGACUGAUCCAGAGAGGGGCUUCGUCGAUGAUGACAAGGUCACAUUUGAAGUCUAUGUCCAGGCAGACGCCCCACACGGAGUGGCAUGGGAUUCAAAGAAACACACAGGCUAUGUUGGACUAAAGAACCAGGGAGCUACCUGCUACAUGAAUAGCCUGCUACAGACACUGUUCUUCACCAACCAGCUACGACGGGCGGUGUACAUGAUGCCCACAGAGGGAGAUGACUCGUCCAAGAGCGUCCCCCUGGCACUGCAGAGGGUUUUCUACGAGCUGCAACACAGCGACAAACCUGUCGGCACCAAGAAACUCACCAAGUCCUUCGGAUGGGAAACACUAGAUAGCUUCAUGCAACAUGAUGUACAGGAGCUGUGCAGAGUGCUCCUGGACAAUGUGGAGAACAAAAUGAAAGGCACUUGUGUUGAGGGAACCAUCCCCAAACUCUUCAGAGGAAAGAUGGUGUCAUAUAUCCAGUGUAAGCAUGUGGACUACCGGUCAGAGCGGAUAGAGGACUACUAUGACAUCCAGCUUAGCAUAAAAGGAAAGAAGAACAUCUUCGAGUCCUUCAAAGAUUAUGUUGCAACUGAACAGUUAGAUGGCGACAACAAAUACGACGCAGGAGAGCAUGGCCUGCAGGAAGCAGAGAAGGGAGUGAAGUUCCUUACCUUCCCUCCGAUCCUCCAUCUGCAGCUGAUGAGGUUCAUGUACGACCCACAGACCGACCAAAACAUCAAGAUUAACGACAGGUUUGAGUUUCCGGAUCAGUUACCCCUGGACGAGUUCCUUCAGAAGACAGACUCCAAGGACCCGGCCAACUACAUCCUGCAUGCCGUGCUUGUGCACAGCGGGGACAACCACGGCGGUCACUACGUCGUCUAUCUUAACCCAAAAGGAGACGGCAAAGUGAGUGUCAAGGAACCAAUAUGGUGUAAGUUUGAUGAUGACGUGGUGUCGCGGUGCACCAAGGAGGAGGCCAUAGAGCACAACUACGGCGGACACGAUGACGACCUCUCAGUGCGCCACUGCACCAACGCAUACAUGUUGGUCUACAUCCGCGAGUCCAAGCUCAGCGAGGUGCUCCUGCCAAUGACUGACGUGGACAUCCCCCAGCAGCUGGUGGAGCGUCUGCAGGAGGAGAAACGGGUGGAGGCACAGAAGAGGAAGGAGCGCCAAGAGGCUCACCUCUACAUGCAGGUCCAGAUAGUAACAGAGGACCAGUUCUGUGGUCAUCAGGGCAACGACAUGUACGACGAGGAGAAGGUGAAGUACACUGUCUUCAAGGUCCUGAAGAGCUCCACGCUGCAGGAGUUUGUCCAGACCCUCUCCCAGACCAUGGGUUUCCCACAGGACCAGAUGAGGCUGUGGCCCAUGCAGGCCCGGAGCAAUGGAACCAAGCGACCUGCCAUGCUCGACUACGAGGCUGACUGCAACAAGUCGAUGAUCGACUUAAGCGACAACGAGAACCCCUGGACAAUAUUUCUGGAGACAGUUGAUCCAGAGAUGGCUGCCAGCGGGGCCACAUUACCCAAGUUUGACAAAGACCAUGAUGUCAUGUUGUUCUUGAAGAUGUAUGACCCCAAAACCAGAAGCUUAAAUUAUUGUGGACAUAUCUACACACCUAUAUCCUGCAAAAUAAGAGACCUUCUACCAGUCAUGUGUGAGAGAGCAGGGUUUCAGCAGGAAACUAGCCUUAUCCUCUAUGAGGAAGUAAAGCCCAAUCUAACGGAGCGGAUACAGGACUAUGACGUCUCUCUGGACAAGGCCCUGGAUGAGCUCAUGGACGGGGACAUCAUUGUCUUCCAGAAGGACGACCCAGAGAACGACAGCAGCGAGCUGCCUACAGCCAAGGAGUAUUUCCGGGAUCUCUACCACCGGGUGGACGUCAUAUUCUGUGACAAGACCAUCCAUAACGACCCGGGCUUCGUCGUCACGCUGUCUAACCGCAUGAACUAUUUUCAGGUGGCCAAGACAGUAGCGCAGAGGUUGAACACAGAUCCGAUGCUGCUGCAGUUCUUCAAGUCACAGGGGUACAGGGACGGUCCAGGGAAUCCUCUCAGACACAACUAUGAGGGAACGCUGCGGGACCUGCUGCAAUUCUUCAAACCUCGGCAGCCCAAGAAACUCUACUAUCAGCAGUUAAAGAUGAAGAUAACAGACUUUGAAAACAGGAGGAGUUUUAAAUCCAUAUGGCUCAACAGCCAGUUCAGAGAGGAGGAGAUCACCCUCUACCCUGACAAGCACGGCUGUGUGCGGGACCUUUUGGAAGAAUGUAAAAAGGCAGUUGAGCUCUCUGAAAAAGGCUCUGAUAAGCUCAGGCUGUUAGAGAUAGUAAGCUAUAAAAUCAUCGGGGUUCACCAGGAGGACGAGCUGCUAGAAUGUUUAUCUCCGGCUGCCAGCCGCACCUUCAGAAUAGAGGAGAUUCCUUUGGACCAGGUGGACCUGGACAAGGACAGUGAAAUGCUGAUCCCUGUCGCUCACUUCCACAAGGAAGUCUUCGGCACCUUCGGGAUCCCCUUCUUGCUCAAGAUCAGACAGGGUGAGUCAUUUCGUGAGGUGAUGAGGAGGAUUCAGGCCAUGCUGGACAUUCAGGAGAAAGAAUUUGAGAAGUUCAAGUUUGCGAUCGUGAUGAUGGGCCGGCAUCAGUACAUCACUGAAGACGAGUAUGAGGUCAACCUGAAGGACUUUGAACCACAGCCAGGUAACAUGUCCCACCCGCGCCCCUGGCUAGGGUUGGAUCAUUUCAACAAAGCUCCAAAGAGAGGUCGCUACACCUACCUGGAGAAAGCAAUCAAGAUCCACAACUAAAAAGCAGCCCGCCCUUCCUCUCUGUCCUCCUCCAUCCUCCUCCUCCUGCUCCGCCUUCCUCCCUCCCUACUUUAACACACCAUAACCACAGACUGUAACCGACCGUGUGUGUGUUUGUGUGUGUGAGACUGUGUGUGUGUGCGUGUGUGUGUGUGCGUGCGUAUGUGUGCGUUCAUCACUUUUGACACCCUGCCUGGACACCUCUACAGCUCUACACCGACACUAUGUCUUCAGCGAUUCGGAUCUUGCUGCAGCUGACGGAAUAUCCUUAAACCACAAAAUAAACUGCACCAACCACCUCCUGACUGUUGAUUUUUGUUGUUUAUUUUAUUUUAUUUUUCAAUCGUCUCCCUCCAUGUUUGAGGCUGUUCGGUUGUUUUUUUUUGUUUUGUUUUCUUGGCUUCUCUACCUGUUGACUGCCUGUUUUUUUUUUUUUUUUUGUUUGUUUGCCCGUCAGGAAGUGAAAUUGGAUUUUAAUAUAAAAUAAGCGGAGAGGAGAGAGGAUGUGGGUCACAGUAUAAUUAAAAGUAUAUGUGUGUGUGUGUGUGUAUAUAUAUAUAUAUAUAUAUUCACAUAUAUACAUACAUACAUACAUAUAUGAAUUUCUAGACUUAGUUUUUGUUUCCAUCUCCCAACACUCACCGGCAUUUUUUCCCCUUCCGAUUUUUUUGGGGGUUGUUUUUAAAUAAAGAGUUGUUUGAAGAGGCGUUGUGCUGCUGUGUGGAAAGUUGGAUGGAAGGAUGUUUUUCGAGGACUAACUGACAGAAAAAAAGAGCGGAGAGGACCUGAAGGUCAUUUUUUUUGCAGCUGCAAACUUGCGUCUAUCCUGAGGCUCACUAGUUACCCUGAUGUGGUUCUUUAUAUUUUUUCUUGCUCCCAUCCUUUUAGUGCAACAAAGCAAGUAUUUCCGAGUUUACGCGCAAUUCUUUCUCACUUAGUUUGGUUGGAGGAAAAAUGAAUUCAUAUUUUUUUUUGUCUUUCUGCAGAUCUUGUAUAAUACAAUAACAAUCCACAGCAUCUGUUUAAAAAUAAAUGGGGGAAAAAAAAUAAGGAGGAUAUUUGUCUGUAUUUCAUCUUGCACGUAGGCACUUAAUGUCAGAGGUUUCUCAGGACUGACAAAUGUACAUUUUGGUUGUUUUUGAGUUGCUCAGUGACUUUAAAGGAACACGCACACACACAUGCACGGACAUUACCCCCUUAGCUUUCUCUUCCUUUGUUUUUGUUUUACAGAGGGGUUUAAUGUCUUGCUCAGUCAUUCCUCCUCUAAACACACACACACACACACACACACACACGAACACAUACACACACACACGAGCUUCGUCAUCUUCUCUCUUGUCGCCCCCUGGUGGUUGGGAGCAGUAACUGCGCUGUGCUUGCUAGAGAGCUGCAGACACUGGUUUGAAGAUUGUGUAGAGACAAAACCAGCAUUGUAAGAAACACUUUAAUCCCUAUGAAUUCGUUCUUUCUUUUGUUUCUUUUAAAGCACAGAUGGAAUGCUCCCCUAAUAGUGCAUAGCUGGCUCUGUAAAGACAACAUUUAAGAAUUGUAUAUUUAAAAAUAUGAACGUGUAAAAUUAAAGAGAAACACGCCUUUGUUGUUGGGUACAGAAGGAGCCAGGUGUUCAUAUUUCUUGUGUGUAGGGUUUUCUUUUUUUUGCGUUCCUGAUGUACCAUUGACGAUUUUUUUCUGUUACUUCUGGAUUUUUUUUUUCAAAACUAACUGCAUUGGUUUUGUCUUGUUAAAAAGUGCAGUACAAAGAUAACCUGCAGAAUCACACCUUAAUUUGAUCUUUUCCAGUUUAAAAUCCUCAGUGUAGCAGCAGUGUACGACAACUAUUCCUGUAUAUUGCCUUUUUGCUGGAAAAUGUAUGU